AUGCCAAGCAAUGAUGACGUCAUCGUUACUAGUGUGAGUAGUUUGAAGAAUAAGCAAAAUCGAAAGUUGUCCCCCUCCACGGAAGACGUUGAUGACAAGAGUCCAGCAUUCAUCCGGAAUAAGGCAUUUUUCUUACUUCUAAAUUUUAUUUCAUCCGUCCUCUUUUCUUUCUUUCUUUCUUUCUUUCUUUCUUUCUUUCUUUCUUUCUUUCUUUCUUUCUUUUGUUAUUUUAAUAUUUCUUUUAAAAUUGCACUUUUUUCCUCUUUUACUUUUUCCUUCUUUCUUUAUUCCUUUGUUUCUUUUAUUUCAAUGUUUCUCUUACUCUUGCAAUUCUUUCUUUCUUUCUUUCUUUCUUUCUUUCUUUCUUUCUUUCUUUCUUCUUUAAUUUUCCUUUCUUUCUUUCUUUCUUUCUUUCUUUCUUUCUAUUUAAUUUUCCAACCAUUCAUUCAUUCAUUAUUUCUUUUUUUUCUUUUCUUUCUUUCUUUUUUCUUUCUUUCUUUCUUUCUUUCUUUUCUUUUCUUUCUUUUUUCUAUUUAUCUAUCUAUCUAUCUAUCUAUCUAUCUAUCUAUCUAUCUAUCUAUCUAUCUAUCUUAUAACCAACAUAUCUCUCUCUUUCUGUUCAUAGCCUUCUAUGUAACAUGGUCUGUUCAUAUCUAUCUAUCUAUCUAUCUAUCUAUCUAUCUAUCUAUUUCAGUCCUUUUCAUAUCUAUGUCAGUCCUUUUCAUAUCUAUCUAUCUAUCUAUCUAUCUAUCUAUCUAUCUAUCUAUCUAUCUAUCUAUCUAUCUUAGUCCUUUUCAUAUCUAUCUAUCUAUCUAUCUAUCUAUCUAUCUAUCUAUCUAUCUAUCUAUCUCAGUCCUUUUCAUAUCUAUCUAUCUAUUCAUCUAUCUAUCUAUCUAUCUAUCUAUCUAUCUAUCUAUCUAUCUAUCUAAAUUCAAUCCCGAAAAUAACUGCAUGCAACCACAGUCUUUGCUCCUGAAUUUAAAAAGCAAGCAUAAAUCUAUAUCACAAAAGGAAGUGCAAACAUAA